AGCCGUGGGCGGAGCCAAGAUGGCUGAGGAGAGACUCGCGAUGAGAACUCAAUUUCCUGCAUCUGCUGAAUCUCAAAAACUCCAGCUGAAAAAAGAUCCAGAGUUUCCUAUUUUGGAGAAGCAGAACUGGUUGAUACAUCUCUACUAUAUCCGGAAGGAUUAUGAAGCAUGCAAGGCUGUUAUCAAAGAACAGCUUCAGGAGACCCAGGGACUAUGUGAAUAUGCUAUCUAUGUCCAAGCACUGAUAUUUCGCCUGGAAGGAAAUAUCCAAGAAUCCCUAGAACUCUUUCAGACAUGUGCUGUUCUCAGCCCUCAGUGUGCUGAUAAUCUCAAGCAGGUGGCCAGAUCUUUAUUUCUUCUGGGAAAACAUAAAGCUGCCACUGAAAUAUAUAAUGAAGCAGCUAAACUUAACCAGAAAGACUGGGAGAUCUAUCAUAACCUAGGAGUUUGCUACAUUUAUCUGAAACAGUUCAGCAAGGCACAAGACCAGUUGCACCAUGCCCUACAUCUUAACAGGCAUGAUCUGACUUACAUAAUGCUGGGGAAAAUUCACUUGCUGGCGGGACACUUGGACAAGGCCAUCGAAAUCUACAAGAAAGCUGUGGAGUUCUCACCAGAAAAUACAGAACUUCUUACAACUUUAGGAUUACUCUACUUACAGCUUGGCAUUUACCAGAAGGCAUUUGAACACCUCGGAAAUGCGCUGACUUAUGACCCUACCAAUUACAAGGCCAUCUUGGCAGCAGGCAGCAUGAUGCAGACCCAUGGAGACUUUGAUGUUGCCCUCACCAAAUACAGAGUUGUGGCUUGUGCUGUUCCAGAAAGUUCUCCACUCUGGAAUAACAUUGGAAUGUGUUUCUUUGGCAAGAAGAAAUACGUAGCAGCUAUCAGCUGCCUGAAACGAGCCAACUACUUGGCACCCUUUGAUUGGAAGAUUCUCUAUAAUCUGGGCCUUGUCCACUUGACCAUGCAGCAGUAUGCAUCAGCUUUCCAUUUUCUCAGUGCAGCCAUCAACUUCCAGCCAAAGAUGGGGGAGCUGUACAUGCUUUUGGCUGUGGCUCUGACCAAUCUGGAAGAUACAGAGAAUGCCAAGAGAGCUUAUGCAGAAGCAGUCCGCCUGGAUAAGUAUAACCCUUUAGUCAACCUGAACUAUGCUGUGCUGCUGUACAACCAGGGUGAGAAGAGGGAGGCCUUGGCCCAGUAUCAAGAGAUGGAGAAGAAAGUCAACCUACUCAAGGACAAUAGCUCUCUGGAAUUUGACUCUGAGAUGGUGGAGAUGGCUCAGAAGUUGGGAGCUGCUCUCCAGGUUGGGGAGGCACUGGUCUGGACUCAACCAGUUAAAGAUCCCAAAUCAAAGCACCGUACUACUUCAACCAGCAAAGCUGCCAGUUUCCAGCAGCCUCUGGGCUCUAAUCAAGCUCUUGGACAGGCAAUGUCUUCAGCAGCUGCACACAGGAAGCUCCCCUCAGCCACCAUGUGCAACUGUCAAGACCACGAACUGGAGCACAAAGAGAAGCACGAGAAUGGACGUGUGGCCCUACUGGGAGUGAAGACUCUGCUCUGGUCGGUGUGGCUCAGUUGUUGAGCUUUGUCCCAUGCACCUGAGAGGU